CUUGGCUAUUUGCUUAGGCUUUUCUGCCCUGGGUCUCUCUUGUCACAUACCGCUCAUCUGUGAGUUGAGGCCCUGACUCCCUUCCCACAGAAGGAAAAGUCCUUUCUCUCUGAAGAUGAACUCAACGGACCACCUUCAGGACUCUCCCAACACCACCUCGCUCCAUGUGCCUCACUCCCAGGAAGGAAACAGCACUGCUGUCCAGGAGAAUCUGCAGGAUUUCAUCCACACGGCCACUUUGGUGACCUGUACUUUCCUUCUUGCCGUCAUCUUCUGCCUGGGCUCUUACGGCAACUUCAUUGUCUUCUUGUCCUUCUUUGAUCCAGCCUUCAGGAAAUUCAGAACCAACUUUGAUUUCAUGAUCCUGAACCUAUCCUUCUGUGACCUCUUCAUCUGUGGAGUCACAGCCCCCAUGUUCACCUUUGUAUUAUACUUCAGCUCAGUCAGCAGCAUACCGGAUGCUUUCUGCUUCACCUUCCAUCUCACCAGUUCUGGCUUUAUCAUCAUGUCCCUCAAGACGGUGGCCGUGAUUGCCCUGCACCGGCUCCGUAUGGUGCUUGGGAAGCAGCCUAACCGCACGGCCUCCUUUCCCUGCACCUUGCUCCUCACUCUGCUUCUCUGGGCCACCAGUUUCACCCUCGCCACCCUGGCCACCUUGAAAACCAGCAAGUCUCACCUCUGCCUCCCCAUGUCCAGCCUGAUUGCUGGAGAAGGGAAAGCCGUUCUGUCUCUCUAUGUGGUCGACUUCACCUUUUGUGUUGCUGUGGUCUCUGUCUCUUACAUCAUGAUUGCUCAGACCCUGCGGAAAAAUGCUCAAGUCCGAAAGUGCCCCCCUGUAAUUACAGUUGAUGCUUCCAGACCACAGCCUUUCAUGGGGGCACCUGUGAAGGGAGGUGGAGAUCCUAUCCAGUGCACCAUGCCUGCCCUAUACAGGAACCAGAAUUACAACAAGCUGCAGCAUGUUCAGACCCAUGGCUACACCAAGAGUCCCAGCCAGCUGCCCACCCCUGCAGCCAGCCGGCUCCAGCUGAUAUCAGCUGUCAAUCUCUCCACGGUUAAGGAUUCCAAGGCGGUGGUCACCUGCGUGAUCAUCGUGCUGUCGGUUCUGGUGUGCUGUCUUCCACUGGGGAUUUCCUUGGUGCAGGUCAUUCUAUCCAGCAAUGGGAGUUUCAUCCUUUACCAGUUUGAACUGUUUGGAUUUACCCUUAUAUUUUUCAAGUCGGGAUUAAACCCUUUUAUAUAUUCUCGGAACAGUACAGGGCUGAGAAGGAAAGUGCUCUGGUGCCUCCAAUACAUAGGCCUGGGUUUUUUCUGUUGCAAACAGAAGACUCGACUUCGAGCCAUGGGAAAAGGGAACCUUGAAGUCAACAGAAACAAAUCCUCCCAUCAUGAAACAAACUCUGCCUACAUGUUGUCGCCCAAGCCUCAGAAGAAAUUUGUGGACCAGGCUUGUGGCCCAAGUCAUUCGAAGGAAAGUGUGGUCAGUCCCAAGAUCUCGGCUGGACAGCAACACUAUGGUCAGAGCAGCUCAACCCCCAUCAACACUCGGAUUGAACCAUACUACAGCAUCUAUAACAGCAGCCCAUCCCAGGAAGAGAGCAUCUGUAAUUUACAGCCAGUAAACUCUUUUAAAGGAUUUGCCAAUUCAUACAUUGCCAUGCAUUAUCACACCACUAAUGAUUUAAUGCAAGAAUAUGACAGCACUUCAACUAGGCAGAUCCCAGUCCCUUCUGUUUAGAGUCUUGGAGGCUGGAAAAUGAUGUGUAAACUGCUUUUGUUUCUGAUACUAAUUGAUGGGCUUUUGGGUUUUGUUUUGUUCACUUUUGUGAGACCAGUACUAGAUCAAAACUUAAAGAUUCAGCUGAACAGUUGGCAGUUGUGAUUUUCUUUUGCCUGAAGUACUAGCAUCUAUUGAUUUCUUUGCGGCUUCUUAACAUUUUGAGAUUUGAUGUAAAAGGUUAUUUAGAUUUUUACCCUGACCUGUGCUCCAAUCUCUUGUACUAAAUUUUUAAAUAAAUGCCUAGGAAUGAUCCUGCUACUAUGUUAAAGUAGAGAAUGAACUGAUUAUGAUCAUUUGAGUCAGUGUUAUGGGUCUUCAACGUAUAUGUGAGCUGGAAUUUUUAAAGAAUGCGAAGGUAUGAUCUUUACUGAGGUGUUAUUUUUAUUAAUUUAAUUAUAAAUUUUAAUUCUUUGAAGUGUUGAAAUGGGGAACAAUACACUUUUUUUGGAAGCAGGCUAAUUUGAGUAAAUAUAUUGUUAAAGCAGAAAAUCAGAAAUGUAUAUUAUCUAUAGUUAUUUUUACCAAAAAUCCACAAAUAUUAGAUACUUUCCCUUUCAUAAGACAGUCAACCAAGAAUAUGGUAUUAUGAUUACUACCAUUUCUUAUUAUAGAUAUUAUUAUUUUGUGUCAAUUGAGUAGCUCUAUAGUUCUUUUAAAAAGAAAGAUGUUUUUGCUUGGUAAAAGUGAAUUAUUCUAUUUUGGAGUAUUCUAUCCUAGUGAAGAGGACUGCAUUUAUGGCAGAGGUAUGCUAUUCUUGGGAGAGUCGGUGCUAAAUGUGGUCAUCUCAGUCAGGGUGUUAUUAUGUGGGAAGCAAUCUAGACUGCUAUGUGUUAGACGAUCUUUAUUAUUAAGAAGGCACAAGGAUGAGAUUGGGAUGUUUUGAUUUAUGCUUUCCUUCUGUGUAAGAAUGGUUUGUUAACAACUUGACAAAGAGUAUCCAAGUAACUAUAUAGAUAUUUUUUUUGUCUUUCUUUAUAUGUUACUGUGAUAGAAAAAUUCUUAAGAUGAUCUAUUUUCAAACUAAUUGUGUUAUUUCUCUCCCAUUAAUCUUAAACUGGAGGUGGGCAGUAGGAAAACUAGAUUAAGUAUUUCUCUACCUAAAACUAAUUUUAUUAUAUAUGCUGUGAUUCCUAGCAUAACAAAUGUAAACUCACAUUUUUAUGUAAAAAUAUUUUCAUCAUACAGUUAGCAUUUGAACUUGUUACAGUUUUUUAACUAUAUCUGCUAGACACAAGAUGAGCAUCAAGAUACAAAACCUAUCUUUAUAAAUUGUUAUAUUCAAGAACAGUUAUUGCAGAUUGGAAGGCACUUUGUUCUUUUGGAUGAAAGGUAUUCAAUUUAUAGCACCCUCCCACCCCCAUGCUGUUCCCACGUACAGAGGUCAUGAGAGGCAUGGAGAAGAUACAGUAGAGACUCAGCUAGAACUCUGUUCAGCCUCAUCUAACAGCUCUUACCUUUCGGUAUCAAUCAGUCAUUUCUAUUUCUGAGAUUGAAGUAUGAGAUAUGGGUUUCAUUUUAUUUUUAAAUUCACCUUUUAGGACUCCUUCUCCC